CGGCACACGAAAUUGCCAAUUAUUUGCCCACACACAACACCAGUGAUAGACUUAAUUUGUUUGUUUUUUUCCUCGUUAUAUUUUUUAAGCCCUACAGAACAAUAUGUCGCGGCGUUCUCAAAGUGAUGAUGACGAAAACAAUGUAGAGAAAACGCAUGAAGAAUAUGUGUUAGAGAUGUUGCAGUAUUUUCAUACUUACCACUCUGCUAUAAAUGAUACCAGGGCGAGAAUCGAUGGCAAUGGAAAUUCAGCUGAAAAUAGAGUGAACGGACAAAGGCGUUCCAAUUCGGAUGUUUAUAGGCUCCUCUACGCGCCUAUCGGUGAAGUAGGGCCGGAAAUCGUCAUCGAUGCUUCAUCUGAAGAAGACGAGAAUGAUCCGUCCGAGAAGAACUCCAAUAAAAAUAAUAAAUAAAAAUAAUACUGAUGAAAUCUUCGUAUUUUAUUU